AUGGCGGCCAAGGCGAUGUGGGAGGUCGACCCGGAGACUAGAAGCAAGCUUGCAGCGUUGGGGAAAAAGGAGGGUGCUGGCAACGACAAGUGUUGCGACUGCGGUGCCCCUUCGCCGCAAUGGGCGUCCCCCAAGUUUUCUACCUUUAUCUGCCUCCAAUGCGCCGGCGUGCACCGCGGACUCGGCGUCCACGUCUCCUUUGUGCGAUCCAUAUCUAUGGACGCUUUUAAACAGGCCGAGAUCCUCCGGAUGCAGUACGGCGGUAACAAGGCCUGGCAGGACUUUUACAACAAGAACAGCCCCUCGCUACCGUUCGAGGAGGCAACGAUAAAGGAACGCUAUGACUGUGAAAUCGGUGAGGAAUGGAAGGAGAGGCUGUCUUGUCAGGUGGAGGAAAGGGAGUUUGAUAAAGCCGCCUUCCAAAGGGAAAGACAGGCCAUCUUACAGAAGCAGGCGAGUCGGUCUGUCACGCCGGCUGGAGGAGCAAGGAACAAUACUGCGGCUGUCUCGAGCAACAACAGCCGUCCAGGAAGUCGUACCGCAUCACCGGCGCCCCCCAAGGGAGGACGCAUUCCAGCGGAGCAAAAAGCCCAGAAUGAAGCCUACUUCGCGCGCAUGGGCGAGGCGAAUGCCACCCGACCAGACAACUUACCACCUAGUCAGGGUGGGAAGUAUGGCGGCUUUGGCAGUGCACCGCCGGAGCCCUCGCAGCAGCAGGGAUCGGGAGGCGGGAUCCCCUCGGCGGAUGAUUUCUCCAAGGAUCCUGUGGCAGCUAUAACGAAAGGUUUUGGCUGGUUUGGAGGCAUGGUCAGCAAGCAGGCCAAGAUGGUGAAUGAUUCCUACAUUCAACCUACUGCACGGAAUAUCGCAACCUCCGACUUUGCCGCCCAAGCCCAGAAGGCCGCCGCGGCCGCGGGACAGGGUAUUCAAACCGGUGCACGCGGCGCCGCCGAAUCCUUCAACAAAUUUGUCGAGGGUCAGGACGAGAAGGCCGCAUCGGCGGCCGCGUCGAAGCGGGCAGAGCCGGAGAGGAAGGACUUCUGGGACAGCUUCGGCCUGGGCGGAGGGGGUACCAGCAACAGCAGUAUCGGGACCAGUGCGAUGAGGAAAACCACUUCCGGGUCGUCUGCGACGGCGGCGAAUCCGCCUCGGAAGAACAAAGAAGACGGCUGGGGCGAUGACUGGUGA